GCCUCCGUGCCAGUAGUCGCGAUAUAAAACUCGUGAGACACGCUCGUGAACGAGGAAUCGUGCUUGACUAGUCGUACAGGAACGUAGUUAACGCUGUCACGCGUACGAUAAGAAAACUCGUGGCCGACUACGAAAUCGCGUCGCGGUAAUAGACAGAACCGGAUUCGCUGGUGGCUUAACUUGAAUCGUGCGUCGCGCGCUCGCUUCCAUCGGUUUAUCCACCGGGUGUAAAGGAAACAACGCGUGAAACACGAAGUUUCUGGAGGGCUGCAUCGCGGGGUGCAACAUCUAGGGGAGGAGCAUGAAAACGUCGACGUUAUCUUCGAGUGACAUGAUCAAACAGGAGAUAAGAGAUAUUUGCAAGGAUCUGAUCCUUAGCGAUGAUCAGCUUCGCCGGGUCAUGGAAACGCUCGAGCGCGAACUUAAGAGAGGAUUAUCGAAGGAAACGCAUGAUCAAGCAAUCGUAAAAUGUUUCACAACUUAUGUUCAAGAUCUUCCCGAUGGCACUGAGAAGGGUAACUUUCUGGCCCUGGAUCUGGGCGGAACGAAUUUCAGGGUGUUGUUGAUCACCUUGGACGGGAUGAACUUCGACAUGAAGAGCAAAAUCUACGCUAUACCGCAGAGCCUAAUGUUGGGAACCGGCACACAACUUUUCGAUCACAUUGCCCAGUGUUUGGCACUGUUCGUCAAGGACUUGAAUCUUCAAGACCAUGUUUUACCACUUGGAUUCACCUUCAGUUUCCCCUUGCAACAAGAAGGCUUGACCAAAGGUCGCCUGGUCAGGUGGACGAAGGGUUUCGACUGCAGCGGUGUCGUGGGCGAGAACGUGGUUGCCUUGCUUGAAGAAGCAAUCGCGAGGAGAAACGAUGUGAAAAUUGACGUGUGUGCCAUUCUGAACGAUACCACUGGUACGCUGAUGUCGUGCGCUUGGAAAAAUAGGAACUGCCGUAUCGGCUUGAUUGUCGGUACCGGUACCAAUGCCUGUUACGUUGAGAAAAUGGAGAAAGCGGAAUGUGCGAUCCCAGGAAACUACGAUCCGGAGAAAUCACACAUGCUCAUAAACUGCGAAUGGGGUGCCUUCGGCGAGGAGAAUAGUCUUGAUUUCGUUAUCACGGAAUUCGAUCUCGAUAUCGACCAGAAUUCGAUCAAUCCAUCGAAACAAUUAUUCGAAAAGAUGAUUUCGGGCAUGUACAUGGGAGAAUUGACGAGGCUGGUUCUCGAAAAGGUCGUGAACGCUGGAUUACUCUUUGGCGGAAAGGCUCCCAGUGAUCUCAAGAAACGUGGCAAAUUUUUCACGAAAUACGUUUCAGAAAUUGAAAACGAUGCCAAAGGGAAAUACACAAACUGUCGCGAGGUGCUAGCGGAAUUAGGUCUACGAAACGUGUCUGAUCAGGAUUGUGAGAACGUUAGGUACGUCUGCUCGGUCGUUUCGAGGAGAGCAGCUCAUUUAGCCAGCGCUGGAAUCGCGACAUUGUUAAACAGAAUCGCCGAAGAUAAUGUCACAGUCGGAAUUGACGGCUCGGUCUACAGAUUCCACCCCUACUUCCACGAUCUUAUGACCGAGAAGAUAGGCCAGCUGCAGAAUCACAAGUUUGAUUUGAUGCUGUCGGAGGAUGGUAGCGGUCGUGGAGCGGCGCUGGUUGCCGCGGUGGCCGCCAGAAAACGGUGAAGACAACGGCUGUGUCGGAUCCCUUCAACUUAGCUUAAAAUAAGUUAUAUGCAGUAACGAAUAUAAAUUUGACACACCAUUAAGAUACACGUACAUAGAACACGCAUGUGAUCACGCGUAUGUGUCGAAGAUGAAGUCAAAGAGAAAAAACUAGCUAUUAUAAAAUACAAAAACAAAUGAAAGAACGGGCGAAGCGAAUAAAAGAGUGAAUGAUAUUUUAUCCGUUUACGAGAGAGAGAGAGAGAGAGAGAGAGAGGAAGAGAAUGCGUGUGAGAGUAUGAGAGAAUACGCGAGGGAGCUGCACAUGUACUUUGUACAUACAUAAAGCGUAGCCUAGAUGCGUGGAGACUUGAACGUGACAGUACUUAAAAAGAGUUUCCCUUUUGCAACAUUCAUUUUUACUAGAAAAUAGCAAAAAAGAAAUUCACAGUUACAUAUGGUUGCAUGUGAACGAAUAAAUGUUAAACGAAAUACGAAAACAGUUAUAUUACUGCCAUAAGUGCAGCCAGACACGUAUAAAUAACACAGGUGAAUAAAAAAAGACGCACGAGAAAAGUGAUUCAAUGUUUCUUCGAAGGGCUACGUGAAAUUUGUUGCGGUGCAUAGCUGCGCCUAAAAGUUAUUAUUAUUAUUAUUACAUAUGUCAUGAAGUGUCGACGUUGUCAUGGUCGAUUUCGAUGUUCCUUUUUCAACGUGAGGAUCACGAGAUACGGAUACGAUGGUCCGUGAUUCCGCGAAAUCAAUCUAUUCUAUUUUUUACCGAUCCUCCGAAGUUUUCACAGUAGAAGAAAAGCGCGGAUCUAAAAUCGACUUUAUCAUUCGUACCAUCGUUCUGUUCUAAAACGAUUCUACUGUAUCACAAUAGCGCAAACCGAGGAGAGAAAACGAUAUUUGCGAAAAUGAACGAAUUGUUCGAGUAUAGAAAUGAAUUUGUAAGCAAAAAUUAUUAUCGGAGAUGUCAGAAAAAGUGUGUGCAGAUAUUAGCGGAAAUGUUUUGCAACAUUUAAUUAGAAUAGUUUUAAGGGAUUAGGCGGUUUGAAAUAUUUUUAGAUUUAUAGGCCACGGGAUAGCCCAACGCGUUCUCGUCCUUUGGACGCCCAUUUCUUGUAACCAACGAUGACUACCGAGAUAGACGAAUUAUUUCCCAGCAUUGUCUCGAGAACAGUAUCCCGAACAGCAUCGCGGUACCGUCGUUACUACUAGCUUUACGAUGUACAGAGAAGAAUUAUGCCAAAAACGAAGAACAACAACAAAAAUCUACAUGUUGAAUACGUGCUUAUUAGCACAAUUGAGUUAUGUUUAUCACGUCAUUUUCUCGUGUCGAGAGGUAAUAUUUAUUUCUUUGGAGCUAGGCGAACAACGGAGGAAGAAAUAACUGAAUGUUUCAGAAGGAAAUUAAACAAAUAUAUAUAUAUAUAUAUAUAUAUUCCUACGUGCUGUGACUUUAUUCGGUUUGACUAUCAUUCAGCUCGUGUCUCUGAUUACGAAACGCGAUGCUAAAGAGAGAGCGAGGAAGCUUAGCUAUACCAAACUAUUACUUCUAUACUUAUUUUUGUCGUUACUACGAUAAGGUGUCGCGCCACGAAGCGACAAAAAUGUACUAGACUACGGUCGAUCCGUAGGUGGAAAGAGAGAGGGAAAGAGAAGGUGAUGUUAAUCGCGAUUCACCAGACAAGAAUUCUUUUCGAUACAGUGUUUCCUUGAGUCCACGAUUGUUUGUGAGUGUUCUCGUCAUCAAUGCUGCGACGACUGCGGAGACUGAAGGUGGUGAGUAGUGUCUAGUUUCCAUUAAAUAGCCGAGCAAACGAAGAGAUUGAAUAACGAGUGGGUAAAAGUUGAGCAGACAGAGGAUUAAGUAAUUUACUUAUUUUACGUAAGGAGACUAGAACCCGCAGUUCACUCGCUUCUUUAUGAACUUAUUCGAUUGGUGAAGACUAGACAAAACUUAUCUCGGACUGAUCACGUGGAACCACGUGUGCGUGAUGUUCGAUUUAUCAUAGCAUGUCGAUACGGACAGGCCGUGGCAUAUUUUAUUAAAAAAAAGAGAAUGAAUGAAAUGAAACCGAAGAAAACGUAUACACUCAGAUUCUCAGUACGCGAAGGUUCUCUUGCAAUUAGUCGAGCAUCGAAUUUAAUCCUAGAAAUCGUAAGAAAAGCCAAUGGCUCCGAGAGACGUGAUCCAAGAUCGAUCAGCGUGUCUUCAAGAUAGUGAAAUAUUCUGUGAAAUGUUUAUUAAUAUAAAGGGUGAGUCAAUAUGAAAUGUCCCGUACAAUAGCUUUAUUAAAACACUGUACAUGACUUGAUUAUACGAUCGAGAUUUUUAAUGUAAAAAAAUAAAGAAUACAUUCUCAUAUUUAUUAAACGAAAACGUAACUCUGCCUGGAAUGAUAAGAUCAAUGAUCAGUGGAUAAUUUUAAGUAAUAUUUAUUACUGACUCACUCUGUAUAUUUAUUGAAAGACAUAUUCUCUAUGUUCAUCGACGCUAAGAAGGAACAGAGCAUUGCUAACAGGAGGAUCGUUCAAGACGAUAAAUUGUAUCAAACUCGCCGGAGCCUUCGCCAAUUUCGGAGCGACUUUUUUACACUCACGAAAACUGGUUAAUAUUGUUGAGAUGUGUACACGUUUAAAGGUGCAAAAUAAAAGUCAUCGUAAAUCCUGUU